CCCUCUAUCGAUGUAAACAAAUGUGGGUUGUUGUUGUUUAAUACUCUUUGAUUAUGCUGAUUUCUCCUGUAGGUUUAAUCCAGCAGAAAUGCUGUUCUUGACAGAGUGGGCCAACACAAUGCGUCCAGUUGCAAAAGUACUCGACAUCUUGCAAGCGGAAACGAAUACACAGCUGGGGUGGCUGCUGCCUAGUGUCCAUCAGUUAAGCUUGAAACUUCAGCGACUCCACCAUUCUCUCAGGUACUGUGACCCACUUGUGGAUGCCCUACAACAAGGAAUCCAAACACGAUUCAAGCAUAUGUUUGAAGAUCCUGAGAUCAUAGCAGCUGCCAUCCUUCUCCCUAAAUUUCGGACCUCUUGGACAAAUGAUGAAACCAUCAUAAAACGAGGCAUGGACUACAUCAGAGUGCAUCUGGAGCCUUUGGACCACAAGAAGGAAUUGGCCAACACUUCAUCUGAUGAUGAAGAUUUUUUCGCUUCUUUGAAACCGACAACACAUGAAGCCAGCAAAGAGUUGGAUGGAUAUCUGGCCUGUGUUUCAGACACCAGGGAGUCUCUGCUCACGUUUCCUGCUAUUUGCAGCCUCUCUAUCAAGACUAAUACACCUCUUCCCGCAUCGGCUGCCUGUGAGAGGCUUUUCAGCACUGCAGGAUUGCUUUUCAGCCCCAAAAGAGCUAGGCUUGACACUAACAAUUUUGAGAAUCAGCUUCUACUGAAGUUAAAUCUGAGGUUUUACAACUUUGAGUAGCGUGUACUGGCAUUAGAUUGUCUGUCUUAUAGUUUGAUAAUUAAAUACAAACAGUUCUAAAGCAGGAUAAAACCUUGUAUGCAUUUCAUUUAAUGUUUUUUGAGAUUAAAAGCUUAAACAAGAA